CACGGCCCCAUUGAAAAAACUAUGGAGCUCGAUUGAGACAUUUUAUAAAGCCUAGAACCAUUAGAGAUUUGACUUCAUCAUCGCAUUUCUACCAUAUUCUUACACAAUGAAGAAACCGGUAACCCGACUCCAAAGUAUCAGCCUUGAGGGCAAAGAAAGCAAUGGCUUUGUCCCUCCUGCCAACAUCGAUUCAAUAACUCACAAAUCUCUCGUCGAGGCAUUUCAUUUCAACCUAAUUCAGUGCAGUCCUGCUCAUACAUGGCCUGGUAAUGCCUACUUGAGCGGUUCUCCUCAUCCAGUUUUGGUUACGGAGAAACACCAACGACAACUGGCUGAGCUCAGCGAUGCUUUGUUUUUGGCUAUUUCUGACAUUGUUGAGAGAUGGUGGAUAGACGUCGAGGCACGGUUUCCAGAGCGAAUGCCCGUGGGACCUACUGAGGAGAAACUAUUGCGAUGCAUGGCCAAUGUACGUCCAUUCAAAACAUGCUCCGGGUCAUGGAGACCGGACUUUUUGGUUGAGUCAUCACAAACAGAUUCAGAAGGGAUUGAAAACUAUCGCAUCUGUGAAAUAAAUGCUCGUUUCUGUUGGAAUGGCUUCAUCUUUACGGCAUGGGGACAACAGUCUCUUCUUAACAUGGGUGUUGGGCUUAAUGGGCUUAAGGGAGCUACUGAGCCGCAAAAGGUUAUGGAUGGUUUGGGUCGUUUAUAUAACCCUGGUCUUCCACUCCAUUUGGUUAAGGGAUAUGAAUAUGGAUUCGACAUUCAUCUGUUCAUGUAUUAUGCGGAACAGCACUUGGGAAUUCGACCGCAUAUUAUCCAUCAGGAUGAUUUGAGAUUAAUUCCAUCUGAGUCUCCGGGCGGUUACAAGUUGUGCUGUUUGGCCAAGGACGCGGAAGGCCCAACAUUUUUGAAUGGGUCUGGCGAGACUCUGGAGGAGGUUCAUCAGAUUGGACUCGAGUUGCACCAGGGCGAGCUGAUGUCUCUGAGCUUGGAAAUGCUGCGGGAGAUUGGCCUGCGUUGUUUCAAUGACCUCCGCACCAUUCUUCUCGUCCACGACAAGAGAAUGCUAGGAAUUGUCCUCGAAGAACUCGACUCUCUGGUAGCUCGGAAUGUGCUCACAUCAGACCAAGCAGGUAUCCUCGAUCGAGGCAUUGUCCCAACCAUCAUCCCUGGAUCUACAAAGCUAGACCAAUUCAUAGCUCGAUGCAGUGAAACCCCCAACCUCAAAGACGGCUACAUCCUCAAGCCGGUCCGCGGAGGCAAGGGCGCAGGCAUUCUCUUUGGCGACCUGCUGACCAGCAACAAGUGGACAUCGAAACUACGACUCAUGCGGUCCCCCCAGCUGACUGCAGAUACGACAUACGUUGUCCAGCGCGCGAUCGAGCAAAACACCUAUGAGGUCCGGCUACGAGAGAACGACGGCGUGAAAGAGUUUCCCCUUAUUGGAACCUUCCACAUGGUCCACGGGGAAUUGUUGGGACUGGGACUUUGGCGAAGCGGUCCGGGCCGAAUUUGUGCGCUUAGCCAGGGUGGUGCUUGGAUGUGUUCGGUUUUGGAGUAAAUAAUUCGUACAAUAGUUAGCAUAACUAUAUAGUAGCAUGUGAGCUUUCGACAAAUAAUUGGCUAUACAGGAAUAUGAUACGAGUCAGAAUUUUCUGAGAUCGCCGUUUAGGCUACUGAUCGAAUACGAUCUCGCUGGGGUCAUAUUAUUGCAUUAUAUCG